GGUCAAAUCAAACCAAACCAGCAGUCCUGUUUCUACAGAUCGCUCGAUAAUGUCUGUCACUACUGAUCGGCCCAUAAGUAUUAGUACUAAUACUUCGGGCAAAACAUUAAGUGAUCGACUGUUGGAGCCGUUGAUGGACUCAUUGCCGCAACUGUUUGUCGAGGACUACGUCCAGGAAAUACUAAUGACGGGAGAAAUGAGUGCCGAAAACAUACGAUACGGACAGAAGUACUGGAAGAGAACCAAACACGUGAUGCUCACGCGUUUAGAAAUGCUAAAACGUGCGCUAACUGUGGCCACCAAUGAUAACGAGCGCCAAUUUCUGGACCGAGUUGUGUUAGGAAUGGGCAAAAAACUGGGCAAAUAUUUGGACAAUUUUGAAUACUUAUUGGGCGGCAUUAGCGACGAUAUACUAAUGCACGCGCCCACCGAUACGCUCAUAAAGAACCAUCUAGUACUUUGGCGCGAAAUGAGACGUGGUUCAUUCGUACGCAUGAUGGCCACCGAUUUGGUGCCCCUCUGGCAUAUAUUACAGCUCCGGAAGUAUCUGACACGUCAGCCCCGAUACAGCCUAAGCCCGUUGGCUAACUAUUUACUGUAUACGGACUUUAAUAUCGUAGGAGUGUUCAACUUUUACAAGAGUGUCAUUGACUCACACGCGGCAAAUAUGACAGCCGCCGAAGAGCUCGAGCUGUUCCAACUUACCAAUGAAAUGAAUGAACUCGAUCUCAAAUUUCAUAUAAUGCCUAUCCUUCCGAAUGACAAGACAUUAUGCGAUCGAGUGUUUGAGUCAUUAGAGGACGCGAUGGCAAAGAUGUAUAAAACAGAUUACGUUCAGAAAGUAUUAAUGAACGGAACAAUGACUCCGGAAAAUAUACGCUUUGGUCGCAACUACUGGAAGAGAUAUAAAGAUUUUCUUACG